GACAAGGAUGUAAAUAGUGGCUCGGAAGAGUUGCUUGUUUUUUUUGGGGGGGGAUGUAGAUGUUUCUUACCUGAACGGCGAAGACGUUGGACGCCCCUUUGGAGAGUUAUUGGGGAAGAUGAGAUGCAGGAUAUUGCGGUGUACGAGUGCUGGAGUUCGUGAUACUGCCUGGUAGCCAUGGAUCAGAAAGACAAUGGCAGCACUUUUCCCAGCUAUAAACAAUUGGAGAAUUACCUUGAAAGGCACGAUUCCAAUUUUGUGUGGCUGCUUGUCGCUACUAUUCUGUCCUGCGGAUGGAUUAUUUACUUAACCUAUUACAACUCGAGGAACAUCGGACUGAUCCUAACCUUGAUUAUUAAUAGGCUGUAUAAAAAUGGCUACAUUCACAUUGGCUCCUUUUCCUUCUCUGUGCUGUCUGGAAAGGUCAUGUUCAGGGACAUUUAUUACAUCAACGAGGACAUGUCUAUCAGAAUUCAAGAUGGUUUCCUUAUAUUUCGGUGGUGGAAAAUGUACAAUCCAAAACAGAAGCAACAUGAUCCCAAAGCUGAAACCAGGCUGUACAUAACUGUGAAUGGGUUUGAAUUCCAUGUAUACAACAGGACUGAUCUUUAUGCACGACUGCAAGAAACCUUUGGACUGGACCCAACCCUCAUUAUACCUAAAAAAGAAGAGGACAAAGUGAAAGAUGGCAGGAAAAAUACUCUUGAGAGUGUUAACAUCAAAACUGAGUCCCAAGACCCGUCAUCUUCCUGGAGGUCCCUUAUUCCUGUCAUUAAACUGAACAUUAGCACUGGCCGGCUGGCAUUUGGAAAUCAUUAUCUGCCCCAGACACUCUGUGUGAACUUUGAUGAUGCCUUCCUGACGUACGCCACCAAGCCUCCUUCCAGUCACCUCGACCAGUUCAUGCACAUCGUGAAGGGCACGCUGGAGAAUGUCCGCGUCAUGCUUGUUCCCAGUCCCAGAUACGUUGGGCUUCAGAAUGACGAGCCACCAAGGUUGAUGGGGGAAGGUUUUGUGGUAAUGCAGUCAAAUGAUGUUGACAUCUACUAUUACAUGGAUGAACCAGGACUUGUCACGGAGGAAUUGGAGAAUGGAGAUGCAGAGCCUUGCAGCGAAGGCACCAAGCUCCAGGAUCUGCCGCCAUGCUGGGGACUGGAUAUUGUCUGUGGCAAAGGGACGGAUUUCAACUAUGGCCCUUGGGCUGAUCGACAGAGAGACUGCUUGUGGAAGUUCUUCUUUCCUGCUGACUACCAGCCCAUGAAGGCCACAGAGUUGGCCCAGCCCGGAAAGCCCCGACAGAUCCUCGCCUUCGAGCUGCGCAUGAACAUCAUUGCCGAUGCCACCAUCGAUUUACUCUUUACCAAAAAUAGGGAGACAAAUGCUGUUCAUGUGAAUGUUGGUGCAGGUUCUUACCUGGAGGUUAAUAUCCCCAUGACUGUGGGGGAGAAUGGCUACUCGCCCACAAUUAAAGGUCAGCUCCUACAUGUGGAUACGACCAGCAGCAUGCAGUAUCGAACUCUCCUGGAAGCAGAAAUGCUUGCUUUUCACGUUAAUGCCAGCUAUCCAAGAAUCUGGAACAUGCCUCAGGCCUGGCAGUGUGAAAUUGAGGUCUAUAAAGCAACUUAUCAUUUCAUCUAUGCUCAGAAAAACUUUUUCACAGACCUGAUACAGGACUGGGCGAGCGAUAGUGCACCUGACAUCUACUCCUUUGUGCCAUACUCCUGGAAAUUCAAAGUUAUGUUCUAUCACUUUGAAAUGAUCUGGGCAGCAAAUCAGCACAACUGGAUCGAUUGCUCUACCAAGCAGCAAGAAAAUGUUUAUCUUGCUGCCUGUGGAGAAACCCUCAAUAUUGAUUUCACUUUGCCUUUUAAUGAGUUUGUUCCAACUACUUGCAACACCAAGUUCUCUUUGAGAGCAGAAGAUACCGAUCUCCAGUUAUCGCUGCCAGAAUGUCACCCAAGCAGAUACUCCCUCCUUACCCUGGUGAAAGAUUACCAGCCAAACAAAAUCCCUCCGGAGGCCUGCAUUUCUUCUGAGAGCCAGCACGGAGCGAAACCAGGGAAACCACGUUGGAGAAACAUUACCCAGUCUGAAGCUGGCUGGGUUGACUGCUGGAGUGUUCCAAAUUUUAUGCUCACGAUUGACUACACUUGGCAUCCUAUUUAUCCUCAGAAGGCCGACGAACAAUUAAAGCAAUCCUUGUCAGAAAUGGAGGAGUCUAUGCUGUCCGUCCUCAGACCAUCACAGAAACCUCCAGAACGUGCGGCGUCUCCUGUCCAAUCUAGCAGACCUCCUCUAGACCCCUCGGAGCUGCCACCUGACAGACUGCACGUGGAGAUGGAGCUGUCGCCAGACUCGCAGAUAACUCUCUAUGGGCCCAUGUUGAAAGCUCUUGUGUCGAUAAAGGAGAAUUAUUUUGGGGAAGAUGACAUGUACACCGAUUUUGAAGAAGUGCUCUCGAGUCCUGUGCUGUCUCUCUCCACAUCCUCCAGCUCGGGGUGGACAGCGGUAGGAGUUGAGGAUGGUGACAAGAAGAAUAUUGAGAAUGGAGGCAAGCAGAUCCAUCCCCUAACCCUGCGCCCCUGGGACAUCACUGUGCUCAUUAACUUGUACAGGGUGCAUGGACGACUCCCAGUGCACUGCAGCAGCGAUGGUCCUGAGUGUCCAGCAGCCUACCUAGAGAGACUUUGCUUUGAAAUGAAGAAAGGCUAUAAAGAGACCAUGCUUCAGCUAGUCUUGUCUCCAGUACACAUCUUUGUGAGUGACAAUUAUCAGAGGCCUGCCAUAGAUGGAGUUCUUCGAGAAGGGCACAUCAGCCUGUCAGGCCUGCAGCUCCGGGCCCAUGCCAUGUUCUCAGCUGAAGGUCUGCCCCUAGGGAGCGACACCCUGGAGUACGCCUGGCUGAUCGAUGUUCAAGCUGGAGCUCUGACAGCCAAAGUAACCAUGCCCCAGCUGGCGAGCCUGUUGGAGUGGGGGGAGACAUUUGUUUUCCAUGUGGUGUGUCGGGAAUUCCAGCUUGAGAGACCGAAACCUGUGGUCAUCUGUCAGCAUGGAGUGGAUAGACGCAUCUGUGAAGCAAAGCUGCCCUGUGUCCCUGGGCCUUGUCGGUCCUCAGAAGACCUGAAGUAUACCAUGACACGGCUGUCUGUAGAUGGAGCAGACCUCUUCAUUGUGGAGCACGGAUGUGCAGCUAAUAUCAAGACAAGUGCUAUACGACUGGCAAAUUGUAACCUCCACAACCAGGCGGUGGGAGAGGGUGUGAGCGCAGUGGUUCAGGAUGUCCAGAUCCGACAGUAUAUCGAGCAGCAGGACGGCUACAGGCUGGGCGUUCAGCCCUCUGUCCUCCGCAGGUCCUUCUGGCUGGAAGCUGGCUCUGUCAAUUUUGGACUCAUUACUGCGGAUGUGGCUUUGGCUGCAGAUCACCCCUCCAAACAUGAAGUGCAGAGACAGUUCUUAGAACUGCAUGACGGCAGGACGAAGAGGCUCUGGUUCCUCUGGCCUGAAGAUGUUGUGAAAAAUAAGAGAAGCAAAAACAAGUGUGGCUGUCUCGGCGGCUGUCGGUUUUUUGGAGGCACGGCCACAGGAGUGGACUUCUUCAGGCUAGAGGAGAUGACCCCUUCGAGCAGCUCUGCUUUCUCUGGCUCCAGUGCUGAAUCGGACAUGUGCUAUGGGCAGUCCCUGCUCCAGCCUGGAGAGUGGAUCAUCACAAAGGAGACGCCAAAACUUUCAGAGGGUAAGGUGAACGGAGGGAAGAAGAAGGAAUGGGAAGGCCGUUCCCCGGGGGCUGACCUGGACAAGAAAGUCCAGCACCUGAGCCUGCAGGUCCCCUUGCGUUCCCACAGCUCCUCAUCCUCCUCAGAAGAGAACAGCACAUCCAGCGCGGCCCUGCCUCUUCUAGCCAGCGAGAAGGACAGCCCUUCUCCCAGCACCGAGGACAACACUGCAGCCUUGGGCUUCCCCUCCACUAUCAAGCCCGAGGAUAUGAAUGGAGAGGUUCCCUCUGAGCUCCCUGAAAGCUGUUCCGUUUCCCCGAGCAGCGCUCAAGAGAGAGCCUCCCUGCGCUCCCCCCUCAAGCGCCAGUCCUCCGUCUGCUCGGCAAGGCUGGGCAGCACCAAGAGCCUGUCGGCAGCGGUCUUUGGGGAGAAGCAGCCCCCUCCUGCGGGGGUGCAGUUCAGCAGCGAGGUGUCGCGCAGUGACGAAAACGUGCUUGACUCGCCCCACCAGCGGCGCAGUUUUGGCUCCUUCCCUUUCACGCCCUCCGCCGACUCCAAUACCUUUCACCAGUACCGCUCCAUGGACUCCAGCAUGUCCAUGGCGGACAGCGAGGCCUACUUCUCAGCUGCCGAGGAGUUUGAGCCCAUCAGCAGCGACGAGGGGCCGGGCACCUACCCGGGGAGGAAGAAGAAGAAACAGGCCCAACAGAUUGAUUACAGCAGGAGCUCCAUUUACCACAGCGUGGAAGGACCGCUUACCUAUGCGAUUAAUGGGGAGGUCAUCCAAGAACCAAGGCCUCUGCCCAUCCCCACUCAUGCCUCUCAGGCUUCUUUUGUGUCUGCGCUGGGGGUGGAGGAGGAAUCUUCUGAGCAUGUGUACUCUGUGGAAACGGAGAAGACCCCAGAGCCUGGACAAGUGACCUCCCAACCACAUGUCAUGGCUUGCUACCAGAGCUACCUGGCUCAUUACCAAGUGUUUAACUGGUCAGUGAAGCAGCCAACGAACAAGAGAACUUCAAAGUCCUCACUGCAUCGCCCACUGGAUCUUGACACGCCCACUAGCGAAGAAAGCUCGUCCUCCUUUGACCAGCUCUCCAUUCCCUCUUUCAAGAUAGUGAAGCAUGGCCUGGCUGCCAGUUCCUUGCUGGACAGAGGUGUUCAACUAAUGGGAGGAUCAUGCAGCACACCAUACACUCCUUUGGAGAAGAAAGCUAUGGAAAAUACAGAUGAUGAGACCACCACCGAUGACUGGAGCCUCGAUCAGCCCCUCUCUCAGACGAGGACUACUGCUAUAGUUGAAGUGAAAGGAGCAGUGGAUGUGGUAUUAACACCCCUGGUGGCAGAGGCUCUAGACAGAUACAUAGAGGCGAUGGUUCAUUUUGCAAGCAAUCGGCAUCCUGCUUCUAUUCUGGAUGAUCUGCACAGCAAGGUGCUAAAUGAAGCUUAUCAGAUCAGCAAAUCAACAGUAUCAGACUCAAGCACGGAAAAGCACGAUUCCAGGGGAUCGAAGAUGGAGGGAGCAGUGCCCGGAUCUACAAACACAGGACAUGGGCAAACAGACCUGUCAGCAAAACAGGAUAAUGUGAAAAUCAAAGGCCUCCAGGCUAAUGUGUCUAUACCCAAGGUUAAUCUGUGUCUUCUGCAAGCCUCAGUGGAAGAAUGUUCUCCCUCAAACUCCAAUAAAAACAUUAUUCACGUGUCUCUUGUGGCAUUGUGCUUCGACAGAAUAGGAACCCAGCUGCGAAUGAACAGGGGCAUUGUGGAAGAAACGGCGAAUACUCUGGAACAUGGGAGAUCGUCAGUGACGUUUGAGAAGUACGCAUCUGCAACAAAAAUGCAACCCCAGUCUUCUGGCUCACUGAGGUCUAACGCUGGCAUAGAGAAAGGAAAAGAGAUUGCAGCGAAGCUCAAUGUUCAUCGCAUUCAUGGCCAACUCAGAGGCCUGGACACUUCAGGAGGAAGACAGUCCGGAGCGGUUCUGUACAGCGCCUUUGGCGUCAUGGGUAAAGCAGACGGCCCAGAAAGAAAUGGGCUUUUGAAAUCCAACGGGUCUUCGGGCUCUCAAACUGGCAGCGGAUACAGCACUGACGUGUCCGAUGACAACCUUCCACACGAUGCAGCCAGCCCCUCAUCUGAUGCGAACGGCAAUUCGGACUCUGACGAGCAGGAUGAAGGGGUGGAGUCUGAUGACCUCAAGAAAGACCUGCCACUCAUGCCUCCUCCUCCGGACUCCAGCAGCAUGAAGCUCACCAUCCGAGAGAUCUGGUUCAGCUUCGCGGCUCCUACCAACGUGCGCUCCCCUGCCCAGACCUUCUCCAGGCAACUGAAUCUUCUAAGCACAGCAACACCUGCCAUUGGGGCAUGGCUUGUUCCUAUCGACCAACUGAAAUCUUCUCUGAACAAACUGGAAACCGAGGGAACCCUCCGAGUGUGUGCUGUGAUGGGCUGCGUCAUGACUGAGGCGUUAGAGAAAAAGAGCAUUCACUUUCCUUUCAGAAGCAAGUAUAACAGAGUGACUAAAAGGGCUCGCUUUCUGCAUGAGAACCCUUCCUGUUUACUAUGCAACAUACUCCAUCGCUAUUUACAGCAAGCAGACUACUCUAUUAUUGAGGACGCCACCAUGAAUGAUGGCCUCCCAGCACUAGUGACUUUAAAGAAGGGACUGGUGGCUUUAGCCAGGCAGUGGAUGAAGUUUAUUGUGGUCACUCAGGGCUUUAAAGCCAUAGGACUGAUGCGACCCACACAGUUGCCCAAACCCAAGGAGCACAACCAAGUUUCUUACGAGCCAGGCCAGGGGCUGGACAAUGGGGGAGGCUUACAGAGUGACACCAGCGCUGAUGGGGCAGAGUUUGAGUUUGAUGCAGCAACUGUAAGUGAACAUACAAUGCUGUUAGAAGGGACAAGUACUCGUCCUCCACCCACUGCUGUUACGUCGGGACCGGUGAGCGGCUCAGAGAUCAUGAGGAAACUCUCCAAGUCUCACACCCACAGCGAAUCUGCUCUCAAAAUAAAGGGUGUCCAUCCUUACCAGUCUCUGAGCUACACCAGUGGGGAUACAGCUGCAGACUCCCCAGCCCAUGUGAGCAGGACGGGCCUACCUGCGAAGGACAGCCCCAGGAAAGAGAGCCUGCUCAGCUACCUCACGGGCAGCUUCCCCAGUCUGCACAACCUGCUGGAGGGAACCCCCCAGCGCAGCGCCACUGCAGCCAAGAGCAGCUCUCUCACCAGGGCAGGUAACAACGUCGGCUCGGACAUGCUGACGGAACACCCCUUGCUAUCAGAGCCCUCCUCAGUCAGCUUUUACAACUGGAUGUCAAACGCUGUUGGGAACAGGGGGAGUGUUGUGCAGGAGUCCCCUGUGACAAGAUCAGGGCACAACAGCCUCCAGACAGGAGUUACAUACAAUCUCCCUACAAUUCCGUCUGCUUCUGACUUCAACACUGUGUUGUCCAGUGACCAGAACACCCUGGAUGGUACACAUUCACAGCGCAGCACCAGUCAAGAUGAAAUUGCAGAUAUAGAGGAGGGCAACCAGGGUCCACCUGCUGUCCAGCUAGCUGAUGCUCAGGUUGUGUUCAAACCCCUGCUGAGUUACACUGGCAUCCAAUCUCAAGAUGCAGCACCUCUGAGUUACAGGAUGUAUUUUGGGGAGCAUCUUUCCUUUUCAGGAACUCUAGAAUGCCUACGAGCAGAUAUUGUGGAUUCAGAUACCUCCAAAGAAAGGAAGAACAAAAGAUCAAGAAGGCAAGGAACUGUUAACCUUCCUCCUUUGGAAUUCAAGCCUGCUCUGAUGUUCGAAACCUUCAGCAUAAAUGCGGUGGCAAUGGAGAAGUCCAUGAGCACUCCCCAGAACUCCACCAGCGCCCUGUCCUUCCACGACCUGAAUCGGCGCCACUACAACACCUUCCACUGCAACUUCACUAUAUCCUGCCAGUCCAUCAGCCAGCAUGUCGACAUGGCCCUCGUUCGCCUGAUCCACCAGUUCAGCACCAUGAUCGACGACAUCAAGGCCACUCAGACGGACAUCAAGCUGAGCCGCUACACGGCGGGAUCGGCCUCGCCCACGCCCACCUUCAAAACCCGCAAGCACAGGGACUUCCGCUCGUCCGACUUCAGCCGCAGCUCGCGGGGCAGCCUGAACGGGGCCAGCCGGCUCAACAACCAGAAGAACAAGAGGGGGCCCGCGGGGGAGAACAACAAGAAGGAGCCCCGCAACAAGAACUCGAUCGGGCGAGCCGAAAGACGGACCUCCAAGGUUUCCCGGAAGGGCUCCCGGGACGUGGCAGAUCACAUGACCAUCCAGAUGGAUGACUCGGACUCCAUCACUGUCUCUGAGCAGAGCGAGCCUUCUGCAGAGUGCUGGCAGAACAUGUACAAAUUGCUCAACUUUUACUCCCUCAUCUCAGAUCCGACUGGGAUCUUGGAGAAGACCUCCCCAGAGACUGCAGGGCCAACAGAAGGGGGCAGGAGCCCCUCCGAUCCGAGCUGCAGAGUGGUAUUCGAGAACGAGCAGGACUCCUCCAGUCCGAACAAGCUGCAGAGGAAGAGGAGCCUGGUGAGCUCUGAGCCUCAGCACGUCACUCUCAUCGUUUUCGGGAUUGGCAUGGUGAACCGCACACACCUCGAAGCCGACAUCGGGGGCCUGACUAUGGAGGCUGAGCUCAAGAAGAUCCAUGGUAGCUUUACGCUAAAGGAGAAAAUGAAAGAUAUUUUGCACCAGAAGAUGACAGAGACCUGUGCCUCUGCUCACAUUGGAGGAGUCAAUAUAGUUUUGUUGGAGGGAAUUACACCCAAUAUUCAACUGGAGGAUUUCCCCACAUCUCCUACAAGCACUGCCAAACAAGAGUUUCUAACUGUAGUAAAAUGCAACAUUGCCAAAUCCCAGGCGCUCUAUAGCGCUCAGAGAGGACUCAAAACAAACAACGCUGCCGUCUUCAGAGUUGGCGCCAUCUUUAUCAACAUCCCCCAGCACCCGGCCACGCUGCACAGCAUGAUGGUCCGCAGCUCUCACCAGCUGUCCAAGCAGAUCUCGGACCUCAUUCGCCAGCCAUCUACCGCGCCUCAGCCGAGCAGGGAGGAGGUGCCAACUCCCCAGCCUUCAGAGAAAACGGUCUCAAGCGUCAAUCAGACUCCCGUCGAAGCCAACGUGUUUCCUCAGCUGCCCGAGGGGCUGGAGAAGAAGCCAAUUGUGCUCAAGUUCAGCGCCAUGCUGGAUGGAAUCACCAUCGGAGCUGCGCUGCUGCCGUCUCUGAAAGCAGAGUACAAAAUGGGCCGCAUGAAGAGUCAUGGCAUGACAGGUGCACAAACCAGUUUCACCUUUGAGCUUCCUGCUCACAAGCUACGGUUCCAGUCCAAAGUGCCGCCGGUUGAUGUGUCCACGAUGCCUCCUUCCGCCACUCUGAACCUGCCCCCGGUCACCAUGUCUGGGGAGUACAUCAUGGAGGACCACGACAGCCACUCGGACCAGCUCGGCGGGCAUGACGAUUUCCCACCCAAACAAGGAAACUACCUCCAGGGCGACUACCUGCGCUGUGUUGCCGAGAUUGGCUCAUUUGAGCACAACUUAACCACAGAUCUAUUGAACCACCUAGUGUUUCUCCAGAAGGUCUUCAUGAAGGAGGUGAACGAAGUGAUCCAGAAGGUUUCAGGGGGAGAACAACCUAUACCUCUGUGGAACGAACAUGACAUUUCUACUGAUGGAGAUAAGCCCAAGAUCCUGUUGUAUUCACUGAAUCUUAUGUUUAAGGGUAUCCAGGUUACGGCUACCACCCCAUCCAUGAGAGCAGUAAGGUUUGAGACUGGACUAAUUGAGCUGGAGCUCUCAAACAGGAUCCAGUGCAAAGCCCAGCCUGGCGGCAGCAGCUACCUCAAGCUGUUUGGAAAAUGCCAAGUGGACCUGAAUCUGGCAUUGGGACAAAUCGUUAAGCAUCAGGUUUAUGAAGAGGCGGGAUCAGAUUUCCACCAGGUUGCCUAUUUCAAAACACGGAUAGGCCUGAGGAACGCCCUUCAGGAAGAAAUCAGUGGAUCUUCGGAUAAGGAAGCCGUGCUGAUCACGCUGAACCGACCGAUUGUAUUUGCUCAGCCUGUGGCUUUUGAUAGGGCUGUGCUUUUCUGGCUGAACUAUAAAGCGGCAUAUGACAACUGGAAUGAGCAGCGCAUGGCACUGACUAAAGACAUUCACAUGGCCACUAAAGAGGUGGUGGAUAAGUUGCCUGGGAUUCAGCAAACCUCUGCACAAGCUUUCAGUACUCUUUUCCUUCAGCUCACUGUGAACGACUUGGGAAUCUGCUUGCCAAUCACCAACCCAACACCACAGGCUAAUCACACCAUUGAUUUUGACACGGGCUCAGCCCUGGUGCUCACCAUUGAGAGCACUCUCAUCACUGCCUGCUCAUCAGAGUCUCUGGUCAGCAAAGGCCACUUCAAAAACUUCUGCAUCCGCUUCGCAGAGGGCUUUGAAACUUCCUGGGAUGACUGGAAGCCCGAAGUGAGAGGAGAUAUCAUCAUGAAUGCUUGUGUUGUACCAGAUGGCACAUAUGAAGUAUGCUCAAGAACUACAGGGCAGCCUUCAGCAGAGAGCAGCAGUGCCGGGACGUGGACACUGAAUGUGUUGUGGAAGAUGUGUGGGAUUGAUGUGCAUAUGGACCCUAACAUUGGCAAGAGGCUGAACGCGCUUGGCAACACCUUGACCUCUCUGACGGGGGAAGAGGACGUGGAUGACAUCGCUGACCUCAAUUCCAUCAAUAUCGCGGACCUGUCUGACGAGGAUGAGCCAGACACAAUGUCUCCCACCAUUCACAUGGAACCAGUUGAUCAUCGCCGUCAGGGUGUGGCCGGGACCCAGGUUAGCGAUGGACGGGGAAGGAAGAUAACUAAGCGUUUGGUGGACAUAAGGGAGCUGAAUGAGCAAGCCAAAGUGAUUGAUGACCUGAAAAAACUAGGUGCAAGCGAAGGCACAAUAAACCAGGAAAUUCAAAGGUACCAGCAGCUGGAGUCUGUUGCCGUGAAUGAUAUACGAAGAGAUGUCCGCAAGAAGCUGAGGAGAUCCAGCAUGAGGGCUGCUUCUUUAAAAGACAAGUGGGGUCUUGGAUACAAACCCAGUUAUAAUCGGUCAAAAAGCAUAGCGGCUACUGGGAGACCUCCUUUGAAGAGGAUGGACAAGGCAAGGCUGGGUGAUGGAGAAGAGCUGCCAGAAAUCCGAGUGGAUGCCUGCUCUCCGGGGCCUAGAGUGACCUUCAAUAUACAGGACAUGUUUCCGGAGGAGACAGAAGUGGACCUGUUGUCAAACACCAUUGACGAGCCACCUCAUUUCCCAUCUGUUAGUGACGGAUCACACUCAGUGUUCAGUACACCCAACACCCCCGUAGUCUUCUCACCAAGCAUUCCCUUCCAGCCCGAGGAAAGCAGGCGAGAAGACAGCUCCUUGUCCUCCAGCGAAGAGUCUGACAAAGAUGAGGAGUUUGAGAAGGAGAGGCAGCCCUUCUACAGGAGGACAAUACAAACAAACCGCAAGAAGUCCUCAGGAUUUGCUGCUGUUAGCCAGCUGUUCUCGGAGCGCUGGCCAGGGACACCUGCUAACAGAAGCAUCAUGAGCUCCACCACUGAGAGGAACAUUGAUUUUGAGCUGGAUGUGCGGGUUGAGAUAGACAGUGGCAAGUGUGUUCUGCAUCCAACUACUCAGCAGCCUGACCAUGAUGACAUAUGUUUAAAGAGGAACUGUGACCGUAGUUCAAGAAGCUUAGAUCAGGAGUCUCCCCCGAAGAAGAAGAAACUUCAGCCAGCUUACACAUCCACGACGCACUUGCUGGCUGGGAAGAAAGUGCCAUCUUCUCUGCAGACCAAACCCAGUGACUUUGAGACCACUGUGUUUUACAUUCCUGGUGUAGAUGUCAAGUUGCACUACAAUUCAAAGACCCUCAAGACGGAAUCGCCUAAUGCCUCCAAAGGAUCCUCUCUGCCAAGAACGUUGUCUAAAGAGUCCAAGCUGUAUGGUAUGAAAGAUAGCAGCACUGCCCCUCCUCCCACUACAGCCCAAAGCAAGACUAAUAUGCUCCUUCCUCCCCCACCCCCACCUGUCCCAUCAGCCAAAGGAAAAGGAAGUGGAGCGAUGAAGACUGCUAAGCUGUAUGCGUGGGUGGCACUGCAGACACUGCCAGAAGAGAUGGUCAUCAGCCCCUGUCUCUUGGAUUUCCUAGAGAAGGCACUGGAAACCAUACCGAUCACGCCUGUCGACAGGAACUACACGGCAAUCAGCUCGCAGGAAGAAGACAUGGGCCAGUUCGAGCCGGUGGACACGCUGGAGGAGUCGACCACCUCGCUGGUGUCGUCCUCCACGUCUGCCUACUCCUCCUUCCCUGUGGACGUGGUGGUGUACGUCAGAGUGCAGCCCUCUCAGAUUAAGUUCAGCUGCCUGCCCAUGUCCAGAGUGGAGUGCAUGCUCAAGCUGCCCUCGCUGGACCUGGUGUUCUCCUCGAACCGCGGUGAGCUGGAGACCCCCGCGUCCGCACACCCUGCAGACGGCCUGCACCAGGCCUCCUCCGUGUCGCCCCUCGCUCACAGCGUGCUGAAGCCCGUCGCUAGUAAGGGCCCAUCACCAGGUCUGGGGAGUCCUCUUGGCCGGACUCGGCACAGCAGCAGCCAGUCAGAUUUGACCAGCUCCUGCACCAGCUCGUCGGGGCUCAGCUUCACAGCCUGCAUGUCCGACUUCUCUCUGUACGUCUUCCAUCCAUAUGGAGCUGGCAAGCAGAAGUCGGCUGUCGCAGGUCUUCCCCCUGGCUCGGGACCACUGGGUACCGUGGACGAGGAGCCGUCCUCCGUGACGGGACGCAAGGACUCCUUGAGCAUCAACCUGGAGUUUGUGAAAGUGAGCCUGUCCAGGAUGCGGCGCUCCGGAGGGGCCUUGUUCAUUGAAAGCUGCCUGCCAGGGAAAGGGGGCAAGAUGGACACCACCCUGAUUAACAUCUCAGCUGUGUGCGAUAUAGGAUCAGCUUCCUUCAAGUACGACAUGAGGAGGCUAAGUGAGAUCCUGGCCUUUCCCCGGGCCUGGUACAGAAGGAGCAUUGCCAGGCGCCUCUUCCUGGGGGAUCAAACUAUAAACCUGCCAGCCUCAGGUCCCGUCACGCCAGAUUCCGUCGAGGGGAUGAAUCAGCACCUUUCCCCCGAGUCAACCCGUAAAGCCUACUGGAGGACAUGGGAGCAGCCCACCCAGUCGACCUCUUUCCAGCACGGGCCCCAGUCCCCGAACGUGUUUGCGGACCACUCCGCCAGCAGCACCAUGUCUCCAGGGGGAGGGCUCGCGCAUAGCCUCAAGUCUCCCGCCGUCUCCCGAUCGCGGAGUAUCUCAGACUCCUCCGUGCCUCGGAGAGAUUCCGUCACUAAGACAUCCACACCUUCCUUCAACAAGAACAACAAAGCAGGGUGCCAGCAAGGCUCUCCAUGGGAGACGCUGGUUGUCUUUGCCAUUAACCUCAAGCAGCUCAAUGUGCAAAUGAACAUGAGCAACGUCAUGGGGAACAACACGUGGACAACCAGUGGCCUGAAAAGUCAGGGUCGCCUGUCAGUUGGCAGCAACAGAGACCGAGAGAUCAGCAUGUCUGUUGGCUUAGGGAGGUCCAAGCUGGACUCUAAAGGAGGCGUUGUGGGAGGCAAUAUUGAUGUUAAUACUCUAGAGAUGGUUGCUCACAUCUCCGAACAUCCCACUCAGCAGCCCAGCCAUAAAAUCCAGAUCACCAUGGGCUCUACGGAGGCUCGUGUGGAUUACAUGGGCUCCAGCAUCCUCAUGGGGAUUUUCAGCAACGCUGACCUCCAGCUGCAGGAUGAAUGGAAGGUCAACCUGUGUAACACCAUGGAUGCAACUCUGUCAGAAAAGAGUGAGAUCUUUGUCCAUGGAGAUCUUCAGUGGGAUAUUUUCCAGGUUAUAAUAUCUCGAUCCACCACCCCAGAUCUCAUUAAGAUUGGCAUGAAGCUUCAAGAAUUUUUUACCCAGCAGUUUGACACCAGUAAACGGGCUCUUUCCACUUGGGGUCCGGUCCCUUACAUACCCCCAAAAGCUCCAGUCAACAUUGAAAAAGGCUCUGCAGAACUAUACCUGGAUAAAGCCCAUCACCGUCACUGGCCUGGCGUGCUGAAGAUGAUUGCUGGCUGCCACAUCUCCCUCUUCCCGAUGCCUUUGCCAGAAGAUGCCGUUCAACUGGGUGGAUCAAUGAGCCUCCAUGGAAACCACAUGACUUUAGCGUGUUUCCAUGGGCCUAAUUUCCGUUCCAAAUCCUGGGCCCUCUUUCACCUCGAAGAGCCAAACAUCGCCUUCUGGACUGAGGCUCAGAAGAUAUGGGAAGAUGGUUCUAGUGAUGACUCCACGUACAUUGUGCAGACUCUAGACUUCCACCUGGGGCAUAACACCAUGGUCACUAAACCCUGUGGAGCCUUGGAGAGCCCCAUGGCAACCAUCACGAAGAUCACCCGCCGGCGUCACGAGAACCCCCCUCACGGAGUCGCCAGCGUCAAAGAGUGGUUCAACUACGUCACCGCCAUGAGGAGCGAAGAGCUGAACCUCCUGAGAAAUGUUGACGCGAACAAUCCCGAGAGUGGGGUAGCAGCCAAGAGCUCCAGCCUGCUGAGUGGAUUCAGAGGAGCAUCGAGCUACAACCACGAGACCGAGACCAUCUUCGCCUUGCCGAGGAUGCAGCUGGAUUUCAAAUCGAUUCACGUACAGGAACCCGAGGAGCCGUCAUUACAGGAAACCGGCAGCAAGCCGAAGGUGGAGUGCAGUGUGGUGACAGAAUUUACUGACCACAUAUGUGUAACCAUGGAUGCCGAGCUGAUCAUGUUUCUGCACGACCUGGUGUCUGCUUACCUUAAGGAAAAGGAAAAAGCUCUCUUUGCGCCUCGUAUUUUUGCUGCCCGACCGGGGCAGAAGAGUCCGACCGCCGUCCACGACGAGAACUCCACGGAAAAAGACAAGGAGGAUACGGUGAAUUACACGACUGUGGACUGGCGGGAGUUUGUGUGUAACACGUGGCACCUGGAACCCACACUCCGGUUAAUUUCGUGGACUGGCAGAAAGAUUGACCCCGUGGGGGUCGAUUAUAUACUCCAGAAACUGGGAUUCCAUCACGCACGCACUACCAUUCCCAAGUGGCUCCAGAGAGGGGUGAUGGACCCUCUGGAUAAGGUCCUGUCGGUCCUGAUAAAGAAGCUGGGCACUGCGCUGCAGGAUGAGAAGGAGAGGAAAGGCCGAGACAAGGAAGAACACUAACAAACCCGUUUGGUCUACCUGCACCGCUCUGUGAAUUGGAUUUUAAAAACGUAACCUUGAAAUGUGAAAAGCUGUGUAAAAAAAAAAGAUGUAUUUAAAAUAAUUUUAAAAAAUGCACACACUGGAUAUUUCCUCACUGCUGUAUACUACUACCUUUCCAUUAACACUAUUAUUCCUGAACUACAAGAGUUUGAGCUUAGAUGUGUACUAAUGGUGCAUGCUGCCACUGUAUGGAAUUUAUCAAGUGUUGCAACAGCUGUUGUAUUGUGUAUAUUUUGAACAAAGCCGAAUAGGAUAAAUUGUUAAACUGCUGCUUAGCAUUCCUUUUUUUAAAAUGAAAUGUGCAAUAGACUAAUGUAUAUAAAACACUGUAUUGACUCUUUAAUGUGAAUUUCAUAAAUGUGUUGAUUUUCUUAACAUAAUAAACUCAUUGCAAUUAUGGUA